GUGCUAGGCGUUCCGUGAAGAGUGGUCGCUAAAGGUGUGGCAUAGCCGUGUAUAAACCAAUAAUGGUGUCUAUAACAGUUAUGCUUUUAACGGUGUCAACACUAACUGUCCACGGGAAAUAUGUGUCCAAAGUUGAUUCGGACACACAAAACGGAUGUAAUGGGAAGACUUUCUGUGACAUAAAGCCGGCUGACUAUCCUGAGCAGGAGAUCGAUCGGCUUCUCAUUAAAGAAUUGCCUACGCUCCAUCGAAGAAAAAGAGAGUUGGCGAUAGGAAUGCCAAAAAUUGAAUCCGGGAACACUGGUGGUAAUUGUAUAACAGUUACGGAGAUAAAGACUCCAUAUGAGCUUAGAAACGAAGGCCAGGUUCCGCAAAUCGUCGUUCAAUCAAAGUUUUUCGAGCAACGGAUACCCUACGUGACGUGUCAUAGCACAAACCAACAUUGCUUCAAAGACUUAUUACUACAAGACACGGCGACAAUUUGCAGGCAAAAGUUCAUCCACACCAAGUUAUUCGUAUACGAUACACAAAAUAAUAAAGUAGAAGCAAUUGACGGCCAAAUUCCUAUCGACUGUGUUUGUGAAACAGCAUAAUGAAUAUAUAGUUUAGGAGAAUGACGAGGAAGAUUUUUCGUUAUUUACUAGUCGCUUUUCAGUCAAGUAAAAAAAUAUUAUAAGGAAACACGACUAACCUUUGUUUUCUCGCUGGGCGGAAAGAAAAGAUGACAUUAUGUUUCAUAAAAACUAGUGCUUAAUGGCCGAAGGGACCUAAGGCUCUAGUGUCCGAAAAAGAAAGAAAGAAAGAUGAUAAAGAGAUUUCCCAGUCCCCAGUAGUUGAAAGGCAAAAGGCAAGCCAAUUCUGUGUUGUAGGUUGUAGUAACAUGCAAUUGCUAUUAAACUCUAGUUAGGCACUAAACACACGGUGGAUGUGUUUUCACUCGCUCUAAUGUCGUAAGUACUAUAGGUAAUAAAACUCGCAGUGGAAUAUUUUUGUUUAUUUUGUUAAAUUGUCGCAUAUUUAUGUAGAUAGAUUCAAUACUAUUGAGAAU